AUGGUAUGGAGUCAACUAGAUCUACAAACUCCUCAUAUAGCUUACGCUUGUGUAGGAAUAUUUAGUACUCUAUUCUCAUUAGUAUCAUUAUUUGUUAAAGAAAGAUUAUAUAUCGGUGAAGCAACCGUGGCAACCAUUGCCGGUUUAAUUCUAGGGCCUCAUUGUUUAGGAUGGUUUGAUCCUGUAACUUGGGGUAACACUGAUUAUAUCACCCUUGAAAUUUGUCGUAUUGUAUUAUGUAUUCAAAUUGUCGCUGUGGCAGUCGAAUUACCUAAAAAAUAUAUGAAAAAACAUUGGUUAUCAGUAUUUAUCUUUUUAUUACCAGUUAUGACUUGUGGUUGGUUAAUUGUCGGUUUAUUCAUUUGGAUUUUAAUUCCUCAUUUCAAUUUUAGUGAUGCCCUUUUAGUAAGUGCUUGUGUAACAGCAACUGAUCCUGUUUUAGCAGCUGCUGUUGUUGGUAAGGGGAAAUUUGCUGAAAGAGUUCCAGGUCAUUUAAGAAAUUUAUUAUCAGCUGAAUCAGGUUGUAAUGAUGGUAUGGCCUUCCCCUUUAUUUUCCUUUCCUUAAAUUUGGUUUUACAUCCUGGUAAACCAGGUACAAUUUUAAAAGAUUGGUUUCUUUUAACUAUUUUAUGGGAAUGUAUAUUUGGUUGUAUAUUAGGGGCAGUAAUCGGUUAUGUAUUAAGAAAAUUAGUUAAAUUUGCUGAAAAUAGAAAUUUAAUCGAUAGAGAAUCAUUUCUUGCCAUUUUUAUCUUUUUAGCAUUUAAUUCUGCUGGUAUUGGAUCAAUGCUAGGAGUUGAUGAUUUAUUAGUUUCAUUUGCAGCUGGUACCGCAUUUGGUUGGAAUGGUGAAUUUUCUAAAAAGACUGAAGAAUCUCAUGUUUCUACCGUUAUUGAUUUAUUAUUAAAUUUAGCCUUUUUUGUUUAUCUUGGUGCUAUUAUUCCUUGGCCUCAAUUUAAUGAUCAUUCUUUAGGUUUAGAUGUUUGGAGAUUAAUUAUUUUAGCCAUUGUUAUAAUCUUUUUAAGAAGAGUUCCGGCAGUAGUAUUGUUAAAACCUAUAACCCCUGAUGUUAAAACUUGGAAUGAUGCUUUAUUUUGUGGUCAUUUUGGUCCUAUUGGUGUGGGUGCUAUCUUUGCAGCAAUUUUAGCCAGAAAAGAUUUAGAAUCUUUUUAUACUACUGAAGAAACUCCCUUAGCAGAAUUACCUAAUCCUGAUCAUCCUCAUUAUCAAUUAUUAGUUACGAUUUGGCCAUUGGUUUGUUUUAUUGUUAUAACAUCUAUUGUGGUUCAUGGUUCAUCAGUGGCAGUAUUAACAUUAGGAAGAAGAUUAAAUAAAAUGGCCAUUACUUUAUCAUUUACUAUUACUGAAAAUAAUGAAGAUAAUAAUGCUGGUUCAUGGUUUGAUAGAUUAAAUGAUAGACUUAAAUUGGCAGAUUUAGAAAAGAAUGAAUCAAUAUCAUUAAGUAGAAUUGAUACUGAUGCACCAAUUCAACGAACUAAUACUGUUGAAACUUCAGGUAUAAAAGUUAGACCUGCAGGAGGAGCAACAAGAAAGAAGAAAUUAGAAAGAAGAAAAAGAAGAACUGGUAAUGGACCAGGAUCAAAAAUUAGAAAAUCCCUUUCAAGAGUUACAACUCAAGAUCAAACUGAUCCAACUAAUGAAAGACAAAGACCUCAAACUGAAGUUUUACAAUUAGGUCAACAAAAACCAGCAACUGUCACUACCACUCCACAAGAAUCACCAAAUUCAAGUCCAAUAAAACAAAGUGGUGGAGAAGAUUCUUUAUCAUCAGGUACAACAUCUCAAACCUUAAAAAUACCUAAUAAAACUUCUGGUUUACAAGAAUUUGGGGAAAAAUUCUCUAGUAAAAAUCAAGAAGAAUCAAUACCAACUACAGUGGUUCAAGAUGGUAAUACUUAUAUAAUUGAAGAUCAACAUGGUGAAAUUGUUGAUACUUUUAAAACCAAUAGUCGUGAUGCAUCACCAAGAAGUAGAAGAAGAGGUUCUAGUGCUAGUCCUUCACCUGAUGAAGCUAGUAUUCAUUCUGAAGCUUCACUUCGUCGUCAUAUGUCUCAAUAUUCCUUCUCAUCCGAUGAAAAUGUGGCUGCUAUAGAUGAUGAAAUUGAUGCUAGAGAAGGAUCAUCUUCAUCGUCAUCAUCCAUUUCAAGAUCAGAAAAUGAAAAAUCAAUUGAUAGAACUUUAUCAAAAACAUUAACUGGUAAGAAGAAGCUGCUUUAUAAAAAGGAUGAUCCAAAACAUAAAGUUAAUGUUUAUCAAAUUGAUAAUUUAAUCAUUAUAGAAAAUAUGGAAGGUGAAGUGAUUAGAAGAUAUAAAGUUAAUCAUCGUACUCGUAAUAGAUUAACCCAAAGUAUGAAGGAAGAAAAUAGUGUGAGAGGAGAUUCAACUAUGGCAAAUCAACAACCAAGAGGUAGAUCAGGUUCUAUAGUUGGUAGAGCUUUGAAAUAUGUUGGAUUUAAGAAUAAAGAUGGUUCAGUUGCUCAAGAAUCUUCAUCCACUGGUGUUGGUGUUCCAACCAUACAUGUUAGUGGUGAUGAUCAUCAAAUUAAGGAUAGUUCGGUUACAGCUAAACCUAAGUCUAAACCUAGUGCUGCUGGUGAAUAUUUAGCUAUUAAUAGAAAGAGAGAACCAUCACUUGAUGAAGACGAUGAAGAAGAUGAAGAUGAAGAUUUAUCUCAAGAUUCUGAAGCUAGUGAUAUCGAUGACGACGAUGAUGAUGAAAUACUUCAAGAAACUGAAGUUGAAAGAAGAAGAAGAUUGGCUGCUCUUGGUAAACUUCCAACUACUCAUCGUCAUGAAGAUGAUGAAGAAGAUUAA